AUGCCUGAUAAGGUUGUUCAGUUGAACGAACAGGGUCAGAUUGUGGCCUCGGCCCAAAAGCGGGCCCUCUUCCCUGAUGACAAUGAGCCCCAGAACCCGGCUAGGCUAGUUCAACUCGAGCCAAAGGGUUCUGCGACAACGCACAAGUGGCCCGAGGACACCGACAUCAGUGGGGACGAAAAAUGGGACUCCGAUCCGCCCACCUCGCCCGAAUACAAGAUUUCCAGUGCGAGUGGUGAUGGGGACAGCGAUACCAGUGACUCUCUUUCUUCGCCGUCCGCAAAGCGAGUGAAGAUGGCUGAUCUGCAUCACUCGGUCAAUAAAGGUCGCUCGCUUAAGCCUAAGGCCAAAAAGGCCAGGAGGAGGAAGACAUGGGAUUCAGAUCAGUCAAUGUCUGAGCCAAGUGACCUUGACUACGAGAGCGAGGAAGAAUACUUCAUUCCUGCAGGAGAGCGGGACGACGAGCUGCUCAACAAUAAGCUGACUCGAGAAAGGGCAAAGCGCCUACUUGAAGCAAUGGAACUCCCCCAAGGCCACGACCUGUCACCAGACGAACAGCGGACUGCCCAUCAACUUCUGACUCGUGGCUGCAUGCCAACCAUCCAUAGACACUGGGAGAAGGAUUUCUCUACCCUUCCAGAGUCGCUAUUCUUUUCUGGGAAAGAUGACGAAAUUCAGUGUAACGAAUCUCACUUUGUCCUUGGAAACAAUAAGUGUUCCGAAUUUUACGCGAUCCGUGCCUUUCAAGAGCUUUUAAAGAUAUGUGGCAAUGUGAGGGACUACUGUAAUAUCCUUGACAUCGGUCCUGGGAUCUAUAUCAAGAAGUCGAUAGAAAAAUACCUGCGCUGGGCAUUGAACGAUGCCGGUGUCAGGGUCCAGCCGGACACACCCCAUGUGCAUGUCAUCUAUUGCCAACAUCAGGAUGAAGAGCCAAAGGAAGCCUUUAGUAAAGUUGCUGAAACAUUGGAGAAGCUAUCGAAUACCUGGCAGAGCCUACUUGCUGCACCCCACGAUGUUGAAGCAGCUUGGCCCGCAUUGAUGGGACUCGUCCUCUGUGGACCUGUUCUUUCGGCCAUCUCUCUGGACACCAAUCCUUAUCCACAAACCCAAACACAAGGAAUUAAGUUCCUUGGUCAUUUUGACCUUUCAGAUUUUGAUAAUGAUGUGUGGAACACCCUAGCUGUCGCGAUCAUCGUCAUGCACAUCAAAAGGACCUUGACCAAACUCGCAAAAGGCUACGAUCACAGAUUUGUGGCCUCGACAUUUGAUAACCCUGUCAUUGGUUCCCCGGACCUCGAUCGUUAA